UUUUGUUUGUUUUUUUUUAUAAAAGGCGAGUCAAGAGAGAAAAAUAUUUAAAAUCUGAACCAAGACUGCUGAUUUAAGUUGUGAAUAAGCUGUCCUGAAGUCCCGACAGAUACAUUAUUUGAUACAAUUUUUUUUCCAACUAAUCUUCCAACAACAAAGCGCAAAACUGUGUAGACAAACAGAUGAUGAUGGUGUGUUUCUCAUCAUGUGUGUUAUAAAGGCAGCUGCACUGUACAGCAAUUAUUUGUCAUGCCUUCCCUCUCUCGCCUCACUCCCUCACUGUUUUUCCUGCACUGGCGUGCCACGGUAGCGCCCAAUUGUAAACAUACAUAUAUUAUAUCCCUCAAUCGCUUCAAUGGAUUCGGGCUGGAAACCCCGCCUGUGGGCCGUCCCUUGCCGAGGCAUUAUAUUAUAGCAAGACAAGCGUGUCUCCGGAGACAGAUCAGUGCUCUGCUGCUCCACACUGAGGCUCAGGGUGCCUCCAGCGCUUCAGACGAGUCUUUACAACACAAACACUCAGAGACAUUUGCUGUCAGGACUGCUGCACCUGCUCCGCUGCUCAGCUGAGACUGUAACGGAGGAGACACUUGAGGCAGGCGAUCGCUCUUCUUUUGUGAGGAAGAUGAAACUUGAAGUGUUCUCUGCGCACCACUUCGCGCAAAAGCCGCUGGAGUUGUGCAUGGACGCGGAGGUGGGAGUCCCGUCUCCUCUAUCCGGGGACGAGCUGGGGUCGGACGGGGACUGCGUGGCCAACAGCCCGGCACCUGUCACCCAGAGCGGCGACGGCAGCAAGGGGAAGCCGUACACCCGCAGACCCAAGCCCCCUUACUCCUACAUCGCGCUCAUCGCCAUGGCCAUCCGGGAGUCCAGCAGCGGUCGCCUCACUCUGGCAGAGAUCAACGACUACCUGAUGAAGAAGUUCCCAUUUUUCCGCGGCAGCUACACCGGCUGGAGGAACUCGGUGCGCCACAACCUGUCACUCAACGACUGCUUCCUCAAAGUGCUGCGGGACCCGUCCAGGCCCUGGGGCAAGGACAACUACUGGAUGCUCAACCCGCAGAGCGAGUACACCUUCGCUGACGGGGUGUUCCGCCGCAGGAGGAAGCGCAUCGCCAAGAGGUCCCCCAAGGAGCAGGAGAGCCCGGACAUCCUGAGCGAGGACACCCGCCUCCCCGCCCCGGAGGAGAGGGUGGGGGCCAAGUUCUCCAGCUCCUUCGCCAUCGACAGCAUCCUCAGCACACCCUUCAAACGGAGGGAGGACAGUCACAUUGACGCAGACACCCACGGCCCACGGCUCUACUGGCCCCCAGGGGCCCACAUACUGCCGUACGCGCUCAGCUAUCCGGCGCAGCACACGUACCUGUCAGAGGCGCAGUACAGCGGCACGGAGCCCGGCAGGGACGCACUCUCAUACCUCCAGCACGCAGCAGCGGGCAUGACCGCACCUGAGGCCGCUCUGCACUCGCUCAAGGUGCCCAGCAAGACGCGCGGGUUCCAUAUAGACUCUCUGCUGUCAUAGAGCCCGCCGGGCUGCCGUCAGGCGCGUGUGUUCUGACCCAUGAUGUGCACUUUUGUGGGCGCUCUUAGCUUUCAGUGCUUUUAACUGUUUCAUCCUGACUGCUGUGAGUCAUUUACAGUGAAAAAAAACAAAAACAAAACAAAACGAAACGAAAACAAACAUGGCGUCUUGUUAAUAUAAAUCUAACUGUGUGGUCAUCGCAGGACAUUCCACUGUGUAUGUGUGUGUAUAUGUGUGUGCGUGCGUGCGCGUGUGCUUGAGUUGUUUAGAGAGAGACGCAUUCACGGUUCAUUGGUCAUUUCUACUGUAUGACGGCAACCAAAGCGCCACGUUGAAACAUAAAACUAUUCAUCUAUUUAUAUUUUCAUGUUUUGUACGACCUGCUGUAUAAAAUAUUGUUGUAAAUAUGUAAAACGUAUUGACUGAGCUGCGAUGAGGAGUCACGUGGCUGCACUAGAAAACGCAUGGAAAUGUUGUUGUUAUUUUUUUUCUUCCUGAGAUUGAUUCAUGCAUGCCUGGUAUUUUUUAUGAAUAAAGAGAAGAGAAAAAAAAACGUGAGACA